CUGUACACCACAUACAGUAAGGCCGAUGAUCGUACUUUGGGAAAGGGUGUUCGUUUGACUCAGUGUCCGCGAUGCAAGCGUUUUGCAGACAAAUACGUCGAGCAUGAUUUCGUUGUUCUGUUCAUCGAUCUGGUCUUGAUCAAACCACAGGUCGAGAAGAUGGUCGUUUCAACNCCUGCCAUAAUACGCCUAGGUGUCUUACUCCUUCUUUUCGAUGUGUACUUGACAUGGGCUCGUAUUGAAGAAGCUAUGCCCUCUUCUUCAGCUACCGACACCAUCUCUAUGCCAACCCCAUCUGAUCCAUUUGCUCACCCCACGAGUAAUGCUACGGGGUCGAGCGAUUCGAGUACAUCAGGUCUACUCCCCACUUCUUACCUUCUUAGCGAGCAGCCUAUCAUCCUGCAAUACGUCUUCUUCCUCUUAUUGUGCGCGCUGGAGACGGUAUCCUUUCACCUGCCUAUCCGCACUCUCUUGUCUCUGCGCUUGCCUCGGCCAUUAUCUUACGUUAUCCCUCACUACCCGCAUCCUGCUGUUAUAAGCACGGCACUCCUGGUGUCGAGUUUUACAAAGCUCUUCCCACUGCUGCUGCUGAUCUGGAAGUACGAUCUGCCGAGUAGCGCGAGUGCUGUCUCCUGGGCUGUCAUCAUCAACAAUGUUGCCGCCCUGGAGAUCUUACUCGAGUGCGGAGUGAUUAGAGCUGCGAUACUGGCUGCAGUUGGAGCUGUAUGUCGAGCAGGUGUUGGCUGGGUUAGUGUUGCGACAGACUUGCAUGACUGGUCCAAGCUAAUGAUAAUGCAGGGUAUCUUGAGAGCUGCCGGUGUCGGGUCGGGUGUGGCAGCUGCUGGGGUUGUCGAAACAGGCGAUCUGCUUGAGUUGUGGCAACGACUCGCACUACACGUGGGUAUAGCACAA